AUGACAAUUCCCUGUUUAUAUGAAAAUGUGUGUUUUAUUCUAUUUGUAAUUUAAAACCUCAUAAUCCAACCAUAUCUGAGUCUCCUUUCUAAGAAGGGAUCAUCCAGCUUUGCUUAGAAUGGAAAUUGAUUGCAUGAAGUCAAGCAUAGUCCAGAGAAAUGAAAAGGCAAAUGAGACAGAGAAUAAGAAUAAUUCUUUUUCUUCUGCCCAACUCCAUGGAGUUCUCCACAUGUAUUCAGGCAAUGGUGAUGCAAGCUAUGCAGAGAACUCUACAAGACAGAGGCAUGUUUUCCAUGUCUUGCAACCACUGUUUCAGGAAGCCAUUGAGAAGCUCACAUUCCCCAAGGAGGGUCCUCUCAGGAUUGCAGAUCUUGGCUGUGCUACUGGUCUCAACACCAUAUCAGAUAUGGAUUUUGUUGUGAGCACACUGACAAAUCUGUGCAAUGGAACAGUAGUCAGAGAUUUCCAAGCUUUCUUCUCUGAUUUGCCAUCCAAUGACUUCAAUGGACUGUUCAGUCUGCUGGACAGGUGUAAUCUCCCAUAUUUUGUUGCUGGGGUACCUGGAUCCUUCUACAAUGUCCUCUUUCCUCACUCAAGCAUUCAUGUCUGCUAUUCUAUAAUGGCCCUCCAUUGGAUUUCACAGGUCCCUGAGGCUGUUCUGCAGAAAGACUCUCCCUUGUACAACAGAGGAAGAGUGUGGAUCAACAGAGGCGAGCAGGAGGUUGUAGAUAUGUACUCAAAACAGUCUCAGAAAGAUCUCACUGCUUUCUUGAAAUGCAGAGCAGAAGAGAUGGCUACAGGAGGUGUACUGUUUUUGUGCCUGAUGGGGAGGCCAGACACUUCACCCCCUUCUCAACAAGUUUCAGUGGAAGGUGAAUUCUGUGGUCAGGACUUUGAAGAUGCAUGGGAUGAUCUUGUCAUGGAGGGCAUCAUCAGUGCGGAUUUGAGAGACUCAUUCAAUCUUCCAUGGUAUUUCCCAAAUGCUAUUGAGGUGAGAGAAGCAGUGGAGAAAAGUGGUGCUUUUGAGAUAGAGAGAUUAGAAGUAUGUGAAGGGGUACCAAGCAUGUCUGAGAAGGAAUUUGAGCAGUGGGUGAAGGAGCCAAAUAUGUUUGCAAAGAUGAAAGCAAAUUUGGUAAAGAGUUUCGUGGGCAGUCUAGUUGAGGCCCACAUUGGCAUUGAGCAUUCAGAGAUGUUUUUUCAGAGGUUUGAGCAGAGAGCUGCAGCCCUUCUCCAUUCCUCUCCUCCUUCAAGAUUUGCCACCUGCACUGUUGCCUCCCUCAUCAGAAAGUAAAAAGUCGUUGUGUGUCCUGUUAUAGCAGUGACAUUUUGCACAAUAUAAUAUUCCCUCUCUUGUGGGCCUCAACUCUUACCCUUUGUGGGAAAGGGUGGACCAGGACAGACCUUUGUAAAGUCAGACUUUCCCAAAAUAUAUAUCUAUCUAUAUAUUUCUGACUUUUAUUUUAAAUAUCAAGUUCUUUGUUGCUUCUUUUGCUAAAGCCA